CGGGGCGGGGGCGCCGGGCGGCCGCGGCGCGGCGGGACCAUGGAGCUCGGAGCGCUGCCCCGGCGCCGGCGGCGGGCCCGCGGACCGUUUUAAUUUUGAUUGCUGUUACUACUGAUGCUGAGCCAAAGUGGUGAUGCUGCCCGAGGGGAAUUUCUGCAACCCAUGAGUCAACAGUUCCACGGUUACAACUAUUCUUGGAAAAAUUACCUUGGAGAGAGAACUGAAAACUGGAUAAAAAGAACUCCACAAGGGACAGUCCUGACUGAGGCAAAAGAGGCAGGAAUUCCUUCUGGAGAGAAAAAACCCACCUUCAUGAGCAGUGGAGCUUCACAGCCGGCCAGCGGGGAGGCACCCUAAGCUCGUGAGCCAUGCCGCUAGUGAAGAGGAACAUCGAGCCCCGGCACCUGUGCCGAGGAGCGCUGCCCGAGGGGAUCGCCAGUGAGCUGGAGUGCGUCACCAACAGCACCCUUGCUGCCAUCAUACGCCAGCUGAGCAGCCUGAGCAAACAUGCCGAAGACAUAUUUGGUGAGCUGUUUAAUGAGGCUAACAACUUCUACAUCAGAGCAAAUUCUCUUCAAGACAGGAUUGAUCGCCUCGCUGUCAAAGUUACCCAGCUGGACUCAACAGUGGAAGAGGUAUCACUACAGGAUAUCAACAUGAAAAAGGCUUUCAAAAGUUCCACGGUCCAAGACCAGCAGGUGGUUUCAAAGAACAGCAUUCCCAAUCCCGUGGCUGACAUUUACAACCAGAGUGAUAAGCCGCCUCCUCUGAACAUCCUCACUCCCUACAGAGAUGAUAAAAAGGAUGGGCUGAAGUUCUAUACUGAUCCUUCCUAUUUCUUUGACCUCUGGAAAGAAAAAAUGCUACAGGACACAGAAGACAAAAGGAAAGAGAAAAGGCGUCAAAAGGAGCAAAAGCGUAUAGAUGGCACAACCCGUGAGGUGAAAAAGGUUAGAAAAGCCAGAAACAGGCGCCAGGAGUGGAAUAUGAUGGCAUAUGACAAAGAGCUUAGACCCGACAACAGGUUGUCUCAGAGUGUGUACCACGGAGCGUCUUCCGAGGGAUCCCUGUCCCCAGACACUAGGUCCCACGCAUCGGAUAUUACAGAUUACUCUUAUCCGGCCACUCCCAACCAUUCUCUGCACCCGCAGCCUGUGACGCCUUCUUACGCUGCUGGCGAUGCGCCACCGCACGGGCCCGCAAGCCAGGCCCCCGAGCAUGAGUACCGACCGCCCUCUGCCUCGGCGAGGCACAUGGCCCUGAACAGACCUCAGCAGCCGCCACCGCCGCCCCCGCCACAGGCCACAGAGGGGUCGCAGGCCUCUGCACCCAUGGCUCCAGCAGACUACGGGAUGCUCCCGGCGCAGAUAAUUGAGUAUUACAGCCCCUCGGGACCGCCGCCCCCACCGCCGCCUCCCGUGAUUCCCUCAGCACAGACUGCGUUCGUCAGUCCUCUCCAGAUUCCCAUGCAGCCCUCCUUCCCGGCGUCGGCUGGCUCCUCCUACACGGCUCCUCCCCACCCUCCCUCCUCGGGGCUCCUGGUCACAGCCCCGCCUCCUCCGGGCCCCCCACCGCCCCCACCAGGCCCCCCUGGCGCAGGCUCUUCUCUCUCUUCCUCCCCCAUGCAUGGCCCCCCAGUAGCUGAGGCAAAGCGACAGGACACUGCACAACCACCGAUAAGUGACGCCCGGAGUGAUCUGCUUGCUGCUAUUCGAAUGGGAAUUCAGCUGAAGAAGGUGCAGGAGCAGCGAGAGCAGGAGGCCCGGCGGGAGCCGGUCGGGGACGACGUGGCCACCAUCCUGUCCCGGCGCAUUGCCGUGGAGUACAGCGACUCCGACGACGACUCGGAGUUCGAUGAGAACGACUGGUCCGACUGAGGCUGUGCGCAGGGGACGGCUCGGUGACGAGGCCGGUGGCCCACCAGGAGACCGUGUGUUGGAAGUGUAUCGAAGAUCUUAAGUGGUCUCAGCACUCACAUAGUGAUAUUAUAAUCCUGUAGCUUAGCAACUUUUGUAUUAAUAAUGUGAUAUUGCUUUUGCACAUCCAAAACUUCUGGGUUUUUUCAGUAUUUACUGUGUAAUACUUAAGUGCCACUAAACAUAGCAACUCGUGCUGCACAUGAGGAAAUGCGCUGUAACUACUGCGUUGUCCUGAAACAGCAUUCUGCUUCCUUUUUCUUGGCCAUGAAAGUGUUCAGUGCAGUUUGGGUUUACUCUCACUGAUCAUUAUAAUCUUGCAGACUUGCCCUGUGUUUGUGAAGCUGCCUGGUGUUAGGUCUUUGCAAGAUUAACGACUGUGUGUCAGAGUGAUGUCUUCCAAUCAGUGAGUGAUACUGUUUCAACUUUUGUUUUUUUAACGUGUUUCAGAAGAAGUUGGUUCUAGAGGGAGAGGUUUAACAAGUAAGGAGAAUCAAAUGUUUCUGCUUUCAGUGUUUUGCUUGGUAUCCUCUGUGUGAAUUUGGAUGUUCUGUUGAAGAAUUUCAUUUUCUUUUCACGCUCUCAUGAAGUGUGAAAUUGGAAGGGUCAUUUUCAGGCAGGAUUCCCUGUGGGCGUUCACUUAGUCCCUGCUUCUUGAUGAUGUUUGUAAGAGGUUUCAGCAGCUCAAUCAGAAUGAAAAUGAAGAACAGGGUUCUUUUUCCUCCAGAGGCCACUGGGGAUGACACUCAAACAUUUGACACCGCUUCGGCUUGGGGGCCCGCCAGCACAGACACGAGUGGUCAGGGGCUAAGGGCCGAGGUGGGCAGAGCUGCUGGGUGUCAGCCCGGGGAGCACAGGAGACCUGCCCAUGUUAUUUCCCGGGAGCCCUGUCCCGGGUGCGGCCAGCUGGAGUUUUAGCUCCUCAGCGUGCUGCAGAGAGCGCUUCACGCGGUACCUCACUCCACUUGUGCUGAAUUUUAAAAGCUUAGACUUAGGUGAAAGUAGGUAUUGACAGCUAUUCGCAUUUCCUGGUGCUGUGGCCAGAUUAGGGAUCGACCACCGAGUAGGGCCUUCGCUCUCUCCUAGAAGCACACGUUCUCUGUCCUCACUAAUGUUGUCGUUGGCACAUUACGUUUUCAGAAGUACCUCAGAUUGGAGUAGACCUGUAGCCGUGGCAAGUCCGUCUCCUCUCACCGUUGCCCUUCCUGUCACUCUUCCCCAUGGGAAUAUGAGAGUCCCACGGGGUUUGCUUUCCUGGCGACUGCGAACCAUUGGGAAACCCGUGAAUGAGAGCUUAUAUUUUGUAAUUCCAGAUGAAGGAUAACUGCUUGUUUAGAGUAGAUAAAUGCCCCAGGCUUUCACUGUAGAUAUGAUUUCACAAAUACACUAAGACACUUUACUAACUAAGGGAUUCUUACCUGUGUACAGCAUUUCAAAUGCGUUGCAGUUAUUAGUGACUCUGUCGUAGCGAAGGCAUCUUUAGCUAAAGACAGUUGUUUGUAUUGAUGGAGGAAUGUAAACAGGAUGUGACUCAUGGGUUUUUGUUACUGAGUUCUCCUGAGGAAAUCAGGCUGCCCCCCAAAUCUUGUCUGCAUGUCACUGAGUGCACACUUGGGGGUUUGUGGGUGGUCAUCACAUGAAGCCUGUCCGCUGGAUUUUAGUCACAUGGAUUUUGAAACUCUAAAAUGCCUAAUGUCUGCGUCCGCUUUCCAAGCCCAUGUUUCCACCAGGGCAGCUGAGUCUCCUCUGCCAGACGAGCAUCUUGGGCACAGCCUCUUGAGUUUCUGUUUCUUGGAGCUAGUCACCAAGUGGCUGUCACCAUAAUUUUAUUGAAUAUAAGUAAUAGUCAUUAAUGAACUUUUAAGUUUCUCUCUCUAAUUUCUCUCCUUUUUCCCCCUCCAUGUAGAGGCCUACUGUGUUGGCAUUAUUCUUGGGACUUUUACCAUUAUAGUCUUACUUUGUGUUUAUUACAAUGUUUUGUCUUUAUUGUUAUGUUGAAUUAGGAGCUCCCUGUAUAAUUCUAGAACUUGUAUUCGGUAAUGCUUCUUUGUUUUCUAUGUUCCUUCUCUUCUCAGGAUGGAGAGAAUGCAUAAAGCUACCACCCAUGUCAGGAUUUCUUCUGUUUAUAUCUAUUACAGUAAUAUUAGUGGCACUUUAUUCAUAAAUAUUCAUAAGCCUCUUAAUUAUUAGUUGUCUUCCUGUAGCUUAAUCAACCAGUUAUUUUCAGCUUGAUUUUCUGACUGUGAAAAAGCUGUUGCCCUGAUGUGUUAUAUAGCCUUUAAAAGAAUGGAAAAGGACUAAAAUCCAGUUUAGAUUAUUUUUGCAGUAUUUUUCUCAGCAAAUUUGAUUUAUUCUAAAAUUUAAGUCCAGGCUUUGUCUAAUAUGGUAUUACAUGAAAAGGAGAAAGUGAAGAUUUUGAAUUUUCGGUUUUCAUUUUCAAAAAGGAUUUACGAAAAAAAUGGAAAAAAACAUUUAAAAGUAUAUUUCAUAUCUAUGAAUUUUACAUUUUAAAGUAGUUAUAUAUGGUAAGGUUAUUUUAAAUUGUCCCCAGUUUUUUCUCCAUAUAUAUUUGAGUUUAAUUUCCUGUAAGCUUUUUUCUCAUGUCGUAGAUUUAGGCAGGGGGGUGAGAAAAUCACUCAGUACCACACAUUAGCUACACAGACUCGAUGUGGUUGAGCAAAGGCACAUGAUUUUCUGUUGUUCACCCCAAACCAUAAGAUUUGGUGCACUUAUGUUUCUCUUUAGUAAGUAUACUGUUAGAGAAUUAACAUUUUCAGUUCAGUAAAUUUUAGAAUAUCAGAAUCUUUUCUGAGCACCAAGUGGCUAGGUUGUAAAAGUUUUGUAAUAAUUUGCAACUGAAAUACAUGAUACAUUUAAUCCAUUAAAGACUAGUGGGAAUGUAUCAGCCAGAGUAGCAAGUAAUUUUCGUUUUAUAAAUCAGAGUAUCUGUCAUCUUGGAGUAUUACCAAUGCUGUUGUAAAUUGAAUUUAAAGUGGUGUUAAAAAAACACUCCUGUUAAACAAUUUUUAUCUGUUUGUAUAUCUUACUAUAGAUUAUGUACAAGUAACAUCUAAAUAAAGUUACACUUUUAACCCUAAAA